UUCUGGCCUCAAAAUCAGAAGCAUCUGCUCCUCCAACGAAUUAGGAUCACCGUCAAAAUGCUGCGUGCCUGUGUCGUGCUUGCUCUGGCCAUCAGUGCCAUCAAUGCUCACCCUGUGGGUACCUACACCCAAGCCAGCACUCUCGGCUACGGUCUUGGCUACGGCAGCCUCGGCUAUUCCGGUCUUGGCUAUGGUGGUCUUGGUCUCUCCCAUUACGGCCUUUCCCACGGAGUCGGCUACUCUGGCCUGACCGGCUUCGGUGCUGGCUACGGAUACGGAUACGCCCCAGCUGCUAGCUAUGCCGUCCACGCUGCCCCUGCUGUUACCGCUGUCCACGCUGCUCCAGCUGUUACCACCGUCCACGCUGCUCCCGCCGUGACCGCUGUUCACGCUGCUCCAGCCGUUACUGCUGUCCACGCCGCUCCAGCUGUUGCAACCUACGCCGCUGCUCCAGCUGUCACCAGGGUGGUGCAGUCAGCUCCUGUCGUUGCAGCUGCCCCAGCCGUCACUUACGCUGCUGCCCCAGCUGUCACCAGGGUUGUUCAGUCGGCUCCAGUUGUCGCCGCUGCCCCAGCUGUUACUCGUGUCGCCUACAGCGCCCCAGCUGUCACCAGGGUUGUCCAGCAGACCGCUCAUGUAGGUCGCUUCUGCCCCAGCUGUCGCCACCUACGCCGCUGCCCCAGCCGUGACCGCUGUCCAUGCUGCUCCAGCUGUCGCUACCGUUCACGCUGCUCCAGCUGUUGCUGCCGUCCACGCUGCCCCAGCUGUCGCUACCAUCGCCCACUGCUGCCCCAGCUGUCGCCACCUACAGCGUCGCCCACGCCGCCCCAGCUAUCGCUACCUACGGUGUUGCCCACGCCGCCCCAGCCUACUACGGCUAUGGCAUUGGCUCCCUCGGCUACGGCGCUGGCAGCUAUGGUUACGGCCACGGUCUUCUCGGCUACGGCCGCCAGUUUUUGCAUGUUCCGCAUCAACCUGAGGUAUAAAAGCUCACUCAUCCCCAGCACAGAUCAGACGCUUCUGCUCCUCGAUCACACAAAGGCCAUCACCAUGCUGCGCGCCUGCAUCGUUUUUGCCUUGGCCACCAGCGCCUUCGCUGGCCACAUUAGCCAGGGUGUUGGAGGUUACACCCUUGCCAGCAACCUUGGCUACGGCGUUGGCUAUGGCAACCUCGGUUAUGCUGGCCUCGGCUAUGGUGGCCUCGGCCUAUCUCACUAUGGUCUGUCGCACGGUGUUGGGUACUCUGGCUUGACCGGUUACGGCGUUGGCUACGGAUUCGGCUAUGCCGCUCCAGCCACCAGCUAUGCUGUCGCUGCCCCAGCUGUCACCCGCACAAUCUCCACCUACCAAGCUGCUCCAACCGUGACCGCUGUUCACGCCGCUCCAGCCGUGACUGCUGUCCACGCCGCCCCAGCUGUCGCCACCUUCGCUGCUGCCCCAGCUGUCACCAAGGUUGUUCAGGCCACCCCAGCUGUUACCUACGCUGCUGCCCCAGCCGUGACCCGGGUUGUUCAGUCCACCCCAGCUGUCACCUACGCAGUGGCACCAGCCGUCACUCGCGUUGCCACCUACGCUGCUCCUACCGUUACCAAGGUUGUCCAAUCUGCUCCAGUUGUCGCUGCGGCUCCAGCUGUCACCUAUGCUGCUGCUCCAGCUGUCACUCGCGUUGCCACCUACGCCGCCCCAACCGUGACGAAGGUUGUGCAGUCCACCCCAGUCGUCGCUGCGGCCCCAGCUAUCGCCACCUACGCUGCUGCCCCAGCAGUGACCACUGUCCACCACGCUGCUCCAGCUGUUGCCACCGUUGCCCACGCUGCUCCCGCCGUGGCUACUUACAGUGUCGCCCACGCCACCCCAGCCAUUGCUACCUACGGCAUUGCUCACGCCGCUCCAGCCUACUACAGCUACGGCAUUGGCUCACUCGGCUACGGUUCUGGCAGCUACGAUUACGGCCAUGGACUCCUCGGCUACGGUCUCAACUAUGGCUAUGGUCUUGGCUCUCCUCUAAGCUACGCUACCCUUCUCCGCAAGAAGAAGUAAAUGACCGUCUUCAGAAUCUUCGCAAGGAAGAGAAGAGUGAAAGUUACAGAGGAAUUUGUUUUCAUUGGUCUUUAAAAUUUAUUUAUUCCCACCACAGAAUAAAUAGAGUGCAUUUAAUUUCC